AUGACCAUAUUGGUUAUAAUUGUGCAGUUUAUCAGCAUACAAGCCCUGACAAGGGAAGCCGAAUAUAACGCUGUUAAAGACACAAAUUUAACCACAAUGCCCAUCGGUGAAGAGUUUGACCAAGUCAGUCUUAUGGCCUGCGCCUCAAGUUGUAUAAGUUCCAACAAAACGUGCUACAGCUACAUAUACAAUGAAACCACAAGACAUUGCAGACUGGGUUCCUGGGUAGUCUCCCUUAAUGCUUUUCAACAAAAAGUUCAGGGACAACUUUUCUCUAGUGGAAAGUUCUGUAACACAACCAGAAACUUUACAGUCCAGUCUGAUGGUUCCAUCUCCUAUACAGAUUUCUUGUUUUGUACAGACCUAGAAGUAGGUAGCUGUACCCCCCGACCUGUGGUGACCCUACAUUCUGGACGUCAGGUCAUGUGUGACACAGUGACAGACGGUGGAGGAUGGACCAUUUUCCAAAGACGUGUUUCUGGGACAGUAGAUUUUUACAGGAACUGGACCGAAUACAAAAGUGGGUUUGGCGAUUUCAAUUCAGGUAAUUUUUACCUGGGUAAUGAGAACAUUUAUCUCUUAACGACAAAAAACAGAACAGAACUGAGAGUGGAUAUGAUCUUCAAUGGAACAAAUUAUUUCGCCAAGUAUUCCAGCUUCAACAUUUCUAGCGAGACAGACGGCUACAGGCUAUAUGUUGGAGGCUACACAGGAAAUGCCGGGGACAAGCUAGCUGAACACAAUGGUAUGAAAUUUUCAACGUUUGACCGGGAUAAUGAUAAGUACAGCGGUAACUGUGCAUCUUAUCACAAAGCGGCGUGGUGGCACAACGCUUGUUAUAGCUCUAGUCUCAACGGUAUUUGGGGAUAUUUGGGGUCCAGGGGUAUCAACUGGCUACCAAACUACAACGCAACGUUCAGUGAAAUGAAAUUUAGAUAUACUUUAUAA